CGGGUAGUUAGAACAUGUUUUUUGGGGUUUUUUUUGGUCACGUUUUUAUUUUAGGGAACAGAAAGAGUGCCAAGGAACGGUUCUACAUUUUACAAAAACUCUUUGUGAUCAAAUCCUCCGCUAACAAAGAAAAAAAAGCCUAACUAAAAAACUUGCACAGUCUUGUGUUUCGCAACCUGCCGCUGAAGGCUCCUCACCUGUUGGCUGCGCGGCUGACGUGGGGCGUUCAGGUACUCCCUUCUCCACCGAUGUGCGAAGACACGAAAUGGAGCUGGAACUACCUGGCUGAGGAAAACUGCAGUUUCGCUGGAUAUUAUAAAAUUUGAAUUUUAUUGUGUAUAUUUGACGAAGUAAUAUCAAGAUAAGUCGCCUGAGACUCCGACGAAAGAGGAUUAAACAUGUUCUGGACGUUAAUCAUCGCCGCUUUAAUGGCAACAGAGUCCGCCAUGGCCAUCUCGGUCCAGUGCCCCACUAAGAGGUACGUUGUCAUCCUAUUCCAGCCCGUCACCCUCACCUGUGACUUCCAGACAACCGCCACUCAGCCUCCUGUCGUCACGUGGAGAUAUAAAUCAUAUUGCCGGGACCCCGUCCAGGCUGCUCUGAAUCCCAGCAGUGCAGAUAACAUCCUGUCCCAGAACAACCCCAACUACGACCCCAACAUCGAGUGCGCCGACAGCCAGAGGACAGUACGCAUAGUGGCCUCCAAGCAAAGCAGUUCUGUUUCCCUCGGCAAGGAAUACCAGGGCCGCAAAAUCAGCAUCAUAAACAAUGCGGACCUUAAUAUUGCGCAGACGGCAUGGGGAGACAGCGGCGUCUACGUUUGUUCUGUGGUCUCUUCCCAGGAUCUCACGGGAAAUGGUGAAGACUACACAGAGCUAAUUGUGCUCGAGAGAAAGUCAAAUACUACUGACCUCCUGCCUGGCAUUGACUUACUGGUUAUGGAAGACUGGCUCCUGGUUGUUUUGGUGGUUCUGGGCUUCCUGUUGUUGCUGCUCCUGAUCGGUAUCUGCUGGUGUCAGUGUUGUCCACACACCUGCUGCUGCUACGUCAGCUGCCCGUGCUGCCCCAACCGCUGCUGCUGCCCACGAGCAUUGUACGAGGCAGGAAAAGCAGUGAAGAAAGGGCUGCCCAGCCAAUAUGCACCCACCAUCUAUGCUCCCAGUAUGUAUGCCCAGCCAGCAUACGGUGGCCCACUGAUGAACCAGCCUGGCAUGCCCCUGCUCCCCCUACCCAAUGGAGCUGGAGUCCUCCCACCCCAGAAUGGUUACGGUCGAGACUACGAUGGGGCCAGCUCAGUGGGGCAGGGUUCCCAGGUGCCUCUGCUGCAUGACCAAGACAGUAGAGCAGAAAACACUCGCAGUGGAUAUCGUAUCCAGGUGGACCCUGAAGGGAACGCCACACGUGCCAUUUACUAUAUGGAGAAGGAACUUUCCAAAUUUGACCCAGCCAGACCUGCAAACUACACCCGCUUGGAUAAUGUGAGUGAAGUCACUUCCUUACAUGAUGGCUUGGAUCCUCGAGGUCGUGGAGGACGUUCCCAGCCGCCAGCUCUUGCCACAGUUUAUGACCGCGAUGAAGCCAUGAGCACCAUCAGCAGUGUUUCUCAGCAAGGCCGCCGCCGUGAUGACAACCCGCGUGGCGGUGGAGGAGGAAGGUACAUGGGGGAUCGUGUACGUGCUCGCUCCAUGGACAACCUUGACGACAUUGGACGGCGUUCUGACAGAGAUGACUAUCCACCAUACCGGCGCCAAGAAGAGCCCAGAGGCAGAAGGGGUUCGGAUGACGGGUGGAGCAGUAGUGCCCGCAGCGGCUUCGACCGUGACUUUGACGACCGUAGACAACGUGACUACUCCCCAGAUGAUCGGCGGAGGGAAGGUGGAGGGGCCUACGGUGGCCUCCCAGGGAGACGCAGCCGCAGCCGUGAUGAUCUGAUGGACCUGGAGAGGGAUAGCCGGACUGGCGGCGGUGCCAGGGGCCGGCGAGAUGAUUAUGACGACAGCUUCCUGCGAGAAGCCAUGGAGAGGAAGAAGAUGGGCGAGCAGCAGAGGGCACGCAGCCGGGACCGACUAGACAGUGAGAGCGACCGCUCGGAUCGGGCGAGGGCGCCACGUGGGCCCCCACCUCUUCCUAAGAACCCGCCGUCUGGGUACCCAGGGCACCGUGAUGACUUUCCCCCUCCCCCGCCUCCACCAUACAGUGAUGAUGAAAGUGUGUCGUCCUCAAAGAGAAGCAACCUCAGAAAGAACGGAGCUGUGAGUCGGGAGAGCCUGGUGGUAUAAACCCAAUCAUGACAUGGAGAAACCUGUCCAGUAAUGCAGCUUUGACUGUAAAUAUAAGGCAUACUUAUAAUUUGCUGUGCUGAUUAUUAUCAUUAUUAUUAUUUUUUAUGUUGCAUAAUUUAGUGCAAACCUAUCAGGAUUUGAUGCUGAAUGUGUAUGAGUACUUUUUUUUUUUUUAAGACGUGCACAUAUGAAAUGUUUGGUACCUUUUCAUGUAUAAAACAUUGUGGCUGCCACAAGUGCCUUUAGAGUGUACAGAAUUUUACUUGUUGAUGUGAAAGAUGAUAAAUAAGUGACUGUGAGGUGUGUACACCUUGAUGAGUAAGCAUGCUCCAAUUACUAACGUUUUUAACCUUCACGUAGUUUCAGUUAGCAGUUAGUAGUCAGCUACUGAUGUAGACUUGUAGGGGUCUAGACAUUUUUGUGGCUUUUCACUUUUGAAAGAAUGACUUGUUUUUUUUGUAAGAAACGUGUACAUUUAAAGGAACUGAUUUUAUCUUUGCUUUAGAAACCUGGUGAACAAAAUUGUCUCGGUUGUAGUAUGUGUUUCAGUGCUGACAUUUUAUUCUUUAUUCUUUCUAUUUUUACACAAAAUUUCAGUUUUAGCCUGCAGUAUAUUGUACAGCUGAACACAAAUACACUGAAAAUGUAGAUGUUAAUUGUGAUGUGAUGAAUUAAUAAUUUUACAAUAAAAGUCUCUAUUAUCAGGU